UCCCAACCCUCUUUUGAGCCCGGAAGUCAGCCCGCCAUCCAGUCAGGGAAGGUGUUUGUGUUGCUCUAGGAGCUGCCUCGAGCUUGGGAUGGCGGGGUCCGACGGUUGUGGCGGUUACCGGUGCGUGGAGUGCAGCGACGAGGCCCCGGAGUUGUACAGGGACUAUCAGCGCGGGGUGCUGCGCCUCAGCAUUUGCAAAUCCUGCCAGAAACCUGUGGACAAGUAUAUUGAGUACGACCCUGUUAUCAUCCUGAUUAAUGCCAUUUUAUGCAAAGCACAGGCUUACAGACACAUUCUGUUCAAUACGAAGAUAAAUAUUCAUGGGAAGCUCUGCAUAUUUUGUUUGCUUUGUGAAGCUUAUGUCAGGUGGCUACAGCUACAGGAUUCAAGCCAAAACAUAGAUCCCGAUGACUUAAUCAGAUAUGCCAAGGAAUGGGACUUUUAUAGAAUGUUUGGAAUAGCUUCUUUAGAGCAAAUUGCAUUUUUGGUUGGCAUUUUUACUGCCCUAUGGGUAGCCAGGCCUGAGAUGCUGAAAACAAAGUCUGACUUCAUUUUGCUUCUGAAAGCCCUGCUGUUGUCUAGUUAUGGAAAACUUCUGCUGAUUCCAGCUGUUAUUUGGGAACAUGACUAUACUCCUUUGUGUCUCCAUCUCAUAAAAGUAUUUGUACUGACAUCUAACUCUCAAGCAAUUAGAGUUACAUUGAACUUAAGCCGAAAGUUUGCUUUGUUGGCCAUCCUGAGUGGAUUGCUUUUCGAAAGUGGUGUUGUCUAUUUGUUCCAGAGAACGGGAUUGAAUGUUUGAAAAAGCAGCCCAGCAUCCACUUGCUUAAUCUUCAAUUAUUUUGAAGGUCUAAAUUAAAAUCAACAUGGUUAUUAUUCUCAAAGAAUUACUUUCCUCCAGCAGACCCAAAUCAUUGCUUUUAUAAUGUGAUAAAGAAAAUAGUUGGGUAACAAAACAUUUUCAUUGCCAGCAGUUGGCUGGAAACAGUUCUGGAAUUUUUAGUUUUUAAUUCCUCACACAAAUACAACUUUUGUAUGUGCUAAACCAUAAAACUUGAGUCUGGACUUUUGUUUUUUCAUUAGAAAUAUGAAUGUGCCAGCAUGCUAAUAGCUUUAUCGAUCUGGCAGUAAUGCAAAGAUGUACACUAAAAAUGCUGGCAUUACCCAACACUAAUCACUAUUUCAUUUUUGCCAAAAGAGGUAGAUGAAUUGUUCCCCUAAGGGGAAGAAAAAAGUAAGCAAUAAAAUGAAGGGAAGACUA